AUGCUGGCAUUCUCGUUACGAUCGCUGACUUUCAGCAUCGUGUUGAUGCUGGCCAUGACGACGUCGGGAGGUACACGUGCAACAGAGGGCGGCAGCAAGCGACAACAAGACACCAAUCAUGGUGACAACGCCCUGAAGUCACCACGCUCCGGAGACGACCCACAAAAGUUCUGGGUUCAACAGAUCAUGGCUGCUGUGGCAGCAAAUCCACCUGCAAUGCAAGUUUUUUUCAUGGCUUUCCAGCAAAUGCAGCAACAACAGCAACAGCAAACAACCACGCCAACCGCCAUCACCUUCCAAGUAAACCAAACUACACUGGUGCCUCUACAAGCGGCAUCCACAACGACUACGGAACAUCCACAACAACAUACCGCACCUUCUGCAAAUCCAACAAGUGCAGGCAACGCCUACACUGAUGAACAAACACGGUGGCACUAG